AUGAAUUCACUCGUUACUCAAUAUGCUGCUCCUCUGUUUGAUCGUUAUCCUCAACUUCAUGACUAUUUACCCACUAUAGAACGUCCAUUUUUCAAUAUUUCAUUGUGGGAGCAUUUCGAUGAUGUCGUCACGUAUGUAACUAAGGGUAAGUUUAUUCCAAGUGAGUUUGAAUUUAUCGCAGGCGAAUUGCCAUUGAGUACAUUGCCACCUGUACUAUAUACUAUCGUUGCUUACUAUGUGAUUAUUUUCGGUGGCAGGUUUUUGUUAAGUAACUCGAAGCCACUUAAAUUAAAUGGCCUUUUCCAAUUGCAUAAUUUGUUUUUGACUUCUCUUUCAUUGACACUGCUAUUACUCAUGAUUGAACAGUUAGUGCCAAUCAUUGUUCAGCACGGGUUAUACUUUGCUAUUUGCAAUAUUGGUGCUUGGACUCAACCACUCGUUACAUUAUAUUACUUGAAUUACAUUGUGAAGUUUAUUGAGUUUAUAGACACCUUUUUCUUGGUUCUGAAGCAAAAGAAAUUGACGUUUUUGCAUACCUAUCACCAUGGCGCCACCGCUUUAUUGUGUUACACUCAAUUAAUGGGCACCACUUCAAUUUCCUGGGUCCCUAUUUCCUUGAACCUUGGUGUUCAUGUGGUUAUGUAUUGGUACUAUUUCCUAGCUGCCAGAGGUAUUAGGGUUUGGUGGAAGGAAUGGGUCACCAGAUUUCAAAUUAUUCAGUUUGUAUUGGAUAUUGGUUUUAUUUAUUAUGCCGUUUACCAAAAGGCAGCCCACCUGUAUUUCCCAAUCCUGCCACAUUGUGGCGACUGUGUGGGUUCAACUACUGCUACAUUUGCUGGUUGUGCUAUUAUUUCUUCAUAUUUGGUACUAUUCAUCUCAUUUUACAUUAACGUUUAUAAACGUAAAGGCACCAAGACCAGUAGAGUUGUAAAGCGUGCUCAUGGUGGUGUUGCCGCUAAAGUCAACGAGUACGUUAACGUUGACUUGAAAAACGUUCCUACCCCAUCUCCAUCGCCAAAACCUCAGCACAGAAGAAAGAGGUAA